UCUUGUAUAUGCUUUUUGAGGUUUUAGUUAUUCCAUUUCUAAGUUUUCCGUAUUGUCGUUGUCUAUUGACAUAUCAACUGCCACACAAGUUUCCAUUUCCGAAAAGUAUUCUUACAUGCACUGGUGGUAUAGUGUGAACACAAAUGGCAAAACGAAUCUAAUUAGAUUAAGUAUUUGCAUGUCAAGUUCUUGUAAUUGGGCGAAAUUCAGUAGAAAAUGGACUUUUCAAAUGUAAACACAACAAUCGCCCAUCUAAGGUGUCGCGAAUCGUCACAUUAAAAAACACUGAGAAGUUACAUAAAACGUUAAAAAAAAUACGCUUAGUUUUAUUUUUUCAAAAUAUGAACUGUGACUUUGUCUUUGAGACGCGUUCAAAAUCUCAAGAAUCACUACGUAGUAGCGAAGAAUAUUGCAGUGAAAUUUACAAAAUUCAAAAUAAAUCCGAAACCGAGUUUCACGACAGCUCAAGUGCCUAUAAUUUAUAUCCAAAUUACAAAAUCGUUUGCAACGAAGAAUUCGAUGAACAGCAGGAAGAUGACUUUCUAACCAGCGAGAGAGAUGUGCAGUCAUUAGAAUCGGGGGAAGCACAAAAUCGCAUCUCGCAUAUAAAUUUCAAUAAGGUCGAAUGCAAUGGUAAAUUGCAUAUAAAUUUAAAUGCUAGUAAGAUUGCAUUAAAAUCUCAGGCAAUAAAAAUCAAUAAAUCAAUCGAAGACGAAACUUCAGCGGAAAAGUUAAAAAGCCUCAAACACACCAAAGCGACACUAGCAACUGAUGUGAACAGACUCGAAGCGGCGCAGCAGAGACGUGAACAUGUGCCAAUUUCCUUCACAAUUGUUCCAAUUAAUUUAACACAUAAAAAAUAUGUGGCAAAUGCUAAUGACACUAAAAAUUUGCCAGAGAUUGUAUUGACUUCCUUCGAGACACGCAACGCAAUAAGGAAAAAAAAAUUUCAAACAAACGCAAACCCAACAAUAGAAACAAAAACGAAGGCGCCAAUUUUAAAUAAUCCCCCCGAACAACAAUUAAGAUACCAAAAACAACAACAACAACAAUCAACUUAUAGAACACUUACAAAAUUAUUUCAGCCUCCAACAACGUUAGCCCCAGCUCACGCCACGACAACCACGCCAUCAACGUCAUCAACGACACCACAUACCACAACGGCACACCCAUAUAUACUACCACCGCCAUCUAAACCGGAAACUAAACGUCGAAACACAUAUGCUAUAGAGAAAUUAAAAAAAUUACCCGCCAAAAUUGAGGUGGAAACGGAAGUGUACGAUAAAGUGUACGACGUGGAAGAUAAUAGCGAGAUUUAUUCACAGCCCGAUAGCUCUACAUCACCGGAAUCUUUAAUGGAUAACGUAUUAAGUGCAGCGUCUUCAGUGUCGGUACGCAGCAGCAGUUUGAGUAGUGGGGGUACGGAAAUGACUCAAUUAAAUACCAAUAGCAAAAUUGUUGUUAGAAGUGAGAGCGGCAAAAAUGUCGCAGCAACAUCUCCGAACACUGCAUCGGCAAUUAGUGCGCUUGAGCUGCCACAGAUUAGUAGUAGUAGUAGUAAUGUACUAGACAGUGGAUUGAGAAACGUGAAUGAUGUCCACGUUGUUGUGAAAGAAAUACCCGCUAAUCGCACUUUGAACUCAAAGUCCCCAGAAUUAAAAAUAGUGCCCAUGCUACAGUUGUUGCCAUCGCCCACCGUAACUCAAUUGAACGAAUUGCAGACACUGCAACCACCGGAACUGUAUGAGGCCAACUCAAAUCGUUCAAGAAGUCCAUCACCAAGUCAGAGUAUAUCCGUACGUAUAACUCCAGAUCCAUCUGCUUAUCCAGACUACUUGAAAUGUUCGAUCUGUCAAGAAGUUUUUCGUGAUCCCAGAACAUUAAACUGUUUGCAUUCGUUUUGCUUUCAAUGCGUCGUGGAUGAAAAUUUCAAACAGGAUAAAAGUAUACCAUUUUGGUCUCAGCCGAGUGGGACUGAUAAUGAUUGGAAAGCCACGAAUAAAUCCAAUUAUAGCCUGCGUUCUUCUUCGCCAGAAAUGUCGUUACGUAGUAAUUCGGAUCCACCAACAUCACCGUCUAUGCAACGACGUUCUUCGUUUAGUUUCAAACGUAAAAAGUCAUUGGAAAAAAUUUUAUUGAAAAUUAAAACUGAUGGCAAAGGUUCCGAUAGUUCAUCUUCCAUGCGUUUAAAUAAUAUAAACGAUGAAAAAGGACGAAUAAUCACAUGUAAAUUAUGCAAUUUUACAACAGAAUUACCUAUUGGUGGUAUAAGACAACUCCCACAGAAUUUCAUACUCGUGCGUAAAAUCGAAGAAAUCAAAUUAAAAAUGGGUGAUGAGGUUAUUGCUCGUGUUUGGUGCAGUUUGUGUUUUGAAGAAACUAGCGCUACCUAUCACUGUGUGACUUGUACGAUCAAUCUGUGUACGCUUUGUAAGGAUGCUCAUGAGAGACAACGUUCUACAGCUAAUCAUAAAGUAAAGAAUAUAAUGGAUCUGCGUAGAGCACGUAAGCAAAAACUAAGCAUGUUGGGUGAUAAUAGUAAAUUUACGUUAAUUUGUGGUAUGCAUCCUGGAUUUGAAAUGAAGUCUUUCUGUAGUACCUGCUUACAGAUAGCCUGUGCUGAUUGUUUGGUUUUGCUGCAUAAAGGUCAUAAGCAUGAAUCUAUCAAUAAGGCUGUGAUGAACUAUUCAAGAAUAUUACGAGAUUCAGUUGAGCAGACACGUCCACUUUGUAAUUAUGCUGAACAUUCUAUAGAGAGAUUAAAUGAGAUUUCAAAGAGCAUCAAUAAGAAAUGUGAUGAAAUACAGAAUGAAGUGGAAGUGUUUAUGAAACAAUAUUUUGAAGCUGUGGAAGUGCAUCGUAAAACGUUACUACAACAGGUGCAUAGAGCACGUGAAUCCAAAGUGGAAAUGAUACUAGAACAACAAAUUGACUUGGAAAAACGUAGUGGUGAAGCUAUGGAAGCGGUACGCUUUAGUCAAGAGCUAUCCGAUAUUGCCUCUGAUGUAGAAGUACUGUCUUUUGUCAAUAUUUUAUUAAAACGCUUUGAGUAUUGUCAACAGUUCAAGACGCCGGUGGAUCCCAAGAUAUCAAACUCUUUACACUUUUUAACGAAAAUUCGUGCACCUGCUACUAAAAACCAAAAUGACAUACCACUUUUUGGUAUUAUAACUAUGCAGACCGUAGAACCUGGUCUAUGUACACUGCAGACUGAAGGAAUUGCACAUUUGCGGCUCCAUAAAAAAAUUGAACUGAUAAUGUUGUCACGCGAUGCAGAUGGCACACCGCUCUGUCAUGGAGGUUUGCAAAUUAUUGCCCAACUAAAAUUUAAAGAAUUUAAUACUAAAUUUCUACCAGUUGAAAUUUCUGAUCAACGUGAUGGUACUUACACAAUAACAUUCACACCCGAUUCUCCGGGUACUUUACUACUUACAGUUACUAUAAACGAUAAACCCAUUAAGGGUAGUCCUUUUACCUUCCUCGCCCGCACUGUGCGCCCACACAGCGGUAUUUAUCAUUGCUGCACAUUUUGUUCCAGUAAAGGUAACAAAACGGUUAAAUGUUUCUGCGAAGGACGUAUGCCAGGCUAUAAUGGUUGUGGACAUGGUCAUGCCGGUCAUCCUGGACGUCGGCAUUGGUCAUGCUGUGGCAAUGUCUUAGAAAAUUCUGAAUGUAAUGUGGCAAAUAAAUUAUUUAAUAAUUAAAUUAUGUUGACAUAAGGAAAUACAUUUACUAUUAGGUAUGUAUCGAUAAAAUUAUAUAAACGGAGAUU